GAACACGGCACCUUGCUCUUGCUUGGCGGUGGAUUCAAAAUAUUUAGACCACGGGCGAUUACAAGAAAUGAUAACGAUAAGAUAACACACCUAUAACGAAUAGAUAACUCAUUGACUUACUCAUUUUAGACAUGAAGUUAUUGUUUAUUGAGUGAAAGCUAUGGAAAAUCAAGAAAAUCCAGGUUUAAGCCGUUUGGAGCGAAGUCGAAAUGAUACGGGAAACUUGCAUUUGGACAAUGUGGUGGCUUCGCAACCGGAGAUAGGCCCUACCCCUCCAGACGGAGGCUAUGGGUGGCUAAUUGUAGUGUCGGCUAUAGUGUACCAUAUUACAGUACCCACUCUCCUUUCUAUGUACGGAUUGAUAAUCCUGAAGGCUAUCAGAGAAGAGGAUCAUGACGAAGAUGAAGUAUUGCGAAUAUGGGAUGUGGAUAUCGCUCUGGUUCCUGUGAUUAUGGUGGUAAUACGGCUUCUCUUGGAGUCGUGGUGUCGCGCUUUAGUGAAGAUCUUCAAUAUGCCCAGGUUUAUAGCGUUGGCAGGCCUGUGUAUGACGGUGGCUGGGGUCCUACUGUCAAGUUACGCGGCUGGCUACGGCACUCAUGACCAUAUUGUGAGCAUAUUCUCCGGGAUUUUUAUCGGUAUCGGUUGCGCAUUAACGGGACAACAAACUGAAGUAAUAAUUACUCAUUACUUUAGAGAUAAGCUGACAAUGGCACAGAGAUUAGUGAGAAUGGCUCCUUCGGUCGGCAACUCCAUAGUGCCAAUAGUAGUAGGAUUUAUGUGCACGCAACACACUGGAGACGUGGUUGUUAUGCUCUACGGAGCCAUUUUAAUGCAAAACUGUCUCUUCCUGGCUUCAUACACACGUCCAGUUUACAUAGAGAAAGUAAUACGAACGACGUACAACAUGUUACGAGAUGCCAUGGAAGAUGAAGAUGAAGUGGUAUUCUCAAAUCAAAAUAGACAAAAUACGGAACAAAGAUCUAACGUGACACAAAAUACAGAAGCGCCAACACAGGAUGAAGAUGACGUUGUAGUUUUCAAUUCCAAACAGAACGCUAAAGAGAUAGUAGAUCCUUCAAUUCGGGCUAGAGAAAAUGAAUCAGGACACGUAGAACGCAGGUUUUCAUCAGAUUUCAGCGCAAUGUUUGCUGGACAUCCGUCAUCGAGCAGAGAGAGUAACCGUUUCUCCUCAGAUUUUGGAAGUCUUGAUGUAACCAGCUACGUCAGAGUAAGCGGUUACCAGGAACUGGAAGACAUAGACAGAGAAAUACAGAAUCCUCGGCCGUUGUACAGGGAGACUACAGUAGACGCUCCUCCGGGUAACUUAGUCUUCACAGCAGAGAUGACUCCAGGCACCGCGAGAAGGACAGCGUCACUAAAAAAGAAUCUGAUCACAGUUAAAAACAUGUUAUUGGAUGUAAACUUCUAUUUAUACGCGUUGCUACACUUGUGCACAACGUUUUCGGUGCUCAUUUUAGGAGUAGUGUUCCCGCCUCUGGUGUGGACAUCGAAUCCUUCCAUGAAUAUUUGGUCGGUGUCCCUGCUAACAGCCGUGGCGCACGGAGCAGCAUUAUGCUUCAUCAUGUUGUGCAUCGUGCUGCCAAGCUCUAUCAACGAGAAGGCGAGGCUUUGUGCCGCGUUUUGCGUCACUGGCGCUGUUGGUUUCUAUGGCAUAACCUUAUCGACGAACAAGAGCUUCUUAGUCGUCUGGUGUAUGUUCGCGAGCUUCUCCACAGCAGCUUCUAGCAUCCUCCAACAGCCGUUGUACAACAGCACUUUGAACGAGUUUGACGUCACAGCCACCAUGACAACUUCCAACGCAAUCGUGGCUAUCUUCAUCAUGGUCUGGUCAUUAGUCUAUAACUACGAGUAUAAGACGUGUUUCUGGAUGGCCAGUAUUCUCCAGACUGUUACUGCUGUAGUGUUCUUAAUCGCGUCUUUUAGGAGGCGAAGAUAGUUUACAAUGUAUUUACCCGACUGACAGCAGGGUAGUGUGUUUAUUAUUUAAGUUACAUUUGGGGGUAGAGGUAGAAAAGAAGAAUGUUUACCUGAUAAAUAAGACAUUAUUUUC